GCACAACCACUCCAUCACUGCCAUCAAAACCUUUCUCAGGCUAAGGAUCCACAGCCACCGGGAAAAAGACUAGAGAAGAAAAGGCAAAUUAUUUGAGUUACGAGAAAAAAAGCACAUCAAUAUGUCUUUUGAAGUGAACGAGAAGACAGAGGUGCGUCUGGUGUUUUUGGGAGCAGGUGGAGUAGGGAAGACAGCCCUUAUCCAACGCUUCCUCAAAGAUACCUUUGAGCCUAAGCACCAGCGUACAGUGGAGGAGCUCCACAGGAAAGAAUAUGAGGUGGGGGGUGUCAAAGUCACUAUCACCAUCAUGGACACCAGUGGCAGCUACUCCUUCCCCGCCAUGCGCAGGCUCUCCAUCCAGAACAGUGAUGCCUUUGCUCUCGUCUACGCCGUGGAUGACCCUGAAUCUCUGGAGGCAGUCAAGAGUCUGCGGGACGAGAUCUUAGAGAUCAAAGAGGACAAGUACACACCAAUUGUGGUGAUAGGCAACAAGAUUGACCGUCACGAUGAGCGACAGGUGUCCAACGAGGAUGUGGUGUCCACUGUGGAGCUGGACUGGAACCACAGCUUCCUGGAGUCUUCAGCCAAAGACAACAUCAACGUGUGGGAAGCUUUCAAGGAGCUGCUCCACCAGGCCAACUUUCCUAGUCAACUCAGUCCAUCACUGUGCCGGAGGCGGGAAACCUUCCCCAAGGAGAGCAACAAACGACCUCCUAUGAACAAAACCAACAGCUGCCUCCUGUCAUAGUGCUGCAGAGCUGCUCGAAGAUAAACACCCCAAAAAAUAGACUGAGGGAGAGGAAACUGUUAAAAAAGAGCUGAAAGUUCCUGAUUGGCAGGGGUCAGAUUUGGCCAGAAACAAACCAAGAAAUGUUGUUAUACAUCUUAAGCUUCAAUAUGAGAUGCCGAGUCAGUAAAUUUGUUCUUUGUUAGUCUUGUAAGCAUCGCAGUUAACUCCACAGAGACACUGAAAGCACAGAGAUACUGCAGUGAGGACUGAAAUGCAGUGAUGCAAAUAAAGACAGUGUGGAAUGUUGUGCUAGAAACUACUUACUGUGAAUGUUAUAAAUGUAGGAAAAGCUGAUAGUGCAUAGUUCAGUUAUCAUGCAAAGUCUAUGGUAAUGUUUGUUUUGGGGCCACUAUGUUACUGCUGUAAAAAAAAAAAAAAAGAAGAAGUGCAAUAAUUAUGAAACCACAUAAAUGCCCAAGUGUUUUUAUACCUGCGUAUGUCAGCUUUAUGAAUCAAGUGAACAACUAAAGACAAAUUUAAACUUUUUAUCUUGUGAAUGUUGGUGCAACCUGAUUUACAGCUCUUAGAAGCUGGUUUGGAAAGCCAUGGAUUCCCAUGCAUCAUUUGACAUGAAGUUGUAAGCCACCAUUUAAAUACACGGAGCACAUUCACUGCUGGUUCUCUCUGUUUAGACUUUUAGUUAUGUGAGUUUGCCUUAAUAAAUAGCUGACAGUCCAUUGCAAAUGUUUUUUUGUUUGUUUGUUUGUUUUAUUAUUUAAGUGGUAUUUUCUAUUUAUUGUGACACCACAA